UACUAUUAAAAGCACAUGAGCUAGACUCUGAUGCACACUGCAAUCCUUACUCCUUUUGCGAGCUUGCUGCGAUCGUUCAACCCCCCAAAAUCCAUCCAUCUGAACUGAAUUUCGUCAGCUUGAUCAGUCUGCAGCCCGGCUCCGAUCAUCAGACAUGGCGAACGCGGCGUCCGGCGUGGCGGUGGCGGAUGAGUGCGUGGCGCGGUUCCAGGAGCUGCGGACGGGCCGCGCCCACCGCUUCGUGGUGUUCAAGGUCGACGACUCCCAGCAGCAGGUGGUGGUCGACAAGGUGGGCGCCCGGGACGCCGGCUUCGGCGACCUCACCGCCAGCCUCCCCCCCGACGACUGCCGCUACGCCGUCUACGACCACGACUUCACCGUCGGGGAGGCCACGGCCGCCGGCCCCGGGGGAGAGGCGCCCCGCAGCAAGAUCUUCUUCGUGUCGUGGUCCCCGGCGACGGCGGACGUCAGGAGCAAGAUGGUGUACGCCAGCUCCUGCGAGGGGUUCAAGAAGGAGCUGGAUGGCGUGCAGAUCGACGUGCAGGCCACCGACCCCAGCGAGCUCACCCUCGACGUCCUCAACGACCACGUCUCCUAAUAAAAAAAGCGAUCGGGAUGUACACGUACGCAUACGUAUGUCGUACGGCGUACAAUACAAGUUUGUGUGUGUGUGCGCGCAUGGACGUACGGUACUGUUGCCUGAGUCCAUGCAUUGUCGUGUUUGGAUUGUUUCCUGUGGAUUGUAAUGUUGUUGCUGUUACGUGCACGAAUAAUUGAUGGUUGGGCUUGGCUUUACUCGAUCAAA